AUGAAUCGCUCAAGCUAUUUAUUCACUAGCAUUCGCACAUACGCAACAAAGAGCAAGACGACAAAUUUAAAAUGGAAGCCCAGUGUACCCGUUCAACAGACCAGCCUCCCUGACGGCACCGUCUUCAUUGCUCGUCAACCUGUGGUUGAGCCAAGUGUUCAAUCUGUUGUUGCACCUCUCAUUCACAAACCCACCACAUUCAAGAAGCUAUCAGAAGCAGAGAUCAAAGAAUUGCGUCAAUUAAGAGAAUCAGACCCCAGUACAUGGACUCGCUCAAAGUUGGCAAAGAAGUUUGGAUGUUCGGAAUUGUUUGUUGGCAUGGCUGCACCCAGCCCUGUCGCUUCUACCAACGCUGAGGCUGCUGCUGCUGCUGCUACUGCCAAACAUGGCUAUAGACGUAGACUGAUCACUCAAGAAAGACAAAAGAGAAGGGCCCUUUGGUAA